AUGGCACGGGUGACUGAAAUGACUGGGGCAUCUAUGGCUAAGGACCAAUCAUUGGGAAAGACCAUAGUUCCCAAAAAGCAAAUGGCAAAAGCCAAGGGUAGGAGUAUAGUGGAAAAUGUGCUACUUACUCAAGAAAUCAUUGUUGACAUAAGAUUGAGAACUAGAACAGCCAAUGUGGUAAUGAAAUUGGAUAUGACUAAGGCUUAUGAUAGGGUUUCAUGGCUGUUUCUAACAAUGGUGCUGAAAAGAAUGGGUUUUUCUGAAAGAUUGGUUGACAUGUCUUCAAGAGGGGUCAAGCAAUGGGAUCCUUUAUCCCCUACUUUGUUUAUUUUGGCUGUAGAGGUGUUGACAAGAAAUUUGAAUAGAUUGCAUCAAAUUCCUCAAUUUAGAGGUUUUGGAAUGCCAAGAAGGAGUCUCAAGAUCAAUCAUUUGGCAUAUGCAGAUGAUAUGAUUAUAUUCACUUCAGAUGAUGUAAUGUCAUUGCAAUUAAUCAUGGAAGUAUUACGGAAGUAUGAAAAAACUUCUGGGCAAAAGAUUAAUAAGGAGAAGAGUGUUGUGUACCUACAUCACAAUUUAACAGGGGACAUCAAGGUAACUGUUGAGGUUGUUACAGGGAUAGGAAGGAAAGAUUUUCCUUUCACAUACUUGGGUUGUCCAAUAUUCUACAGUAAGAGGAGGAAAGAAUAUUAUAACUCUACGCUGAUGAAGAUUAUGAAUAGACUUCAAUCUUGGAAGGGGAAGAUGUUAUCUUUUGGAGGAAGAACUGUUCUAAUCAAACAUGUUUUGCAAGGAAUGUCUAUUCAUCUAUUAUCUGCAAUGAAUCCCCCAGAUAGUGUGAUUAAGCAAAUGCAUAAAAUGUUUGCUGAAUUCUUUUGGAGUAACACUAUUGGGGGAAAGAGCAGGCAUUGGAUUUCUUGGAUCAAGAUGUGCAUACCAGAAAAGGAAGGGGAAUUAGAUUUAGAUCUAUGCAUGAUGUAUCUAUGGCCCUAUAUUUGCAGUGGAAGUAUGGAACACAAACUUGGAAGAAAAAUGUUGCAAGCAAGGGACCUCAUAGAGCAACACAUUUGGUGGCAAGUGAAGAUGGGAGAUGCUCAGUUUUGGUAUGACAAUUGGACAGGGUUGGGAGCUCUUUACUAUGUUACUGGCAAUGAUGUUUAUGAUGAAAGGUUUGAAAAUGUGAAAGAUAUGGUGGCUGACGGAAGAUGGGAUGUUGACAAGCUUAGAGAAGUGUUAUCUGAAGAGAUUGUACAGCAUGUCACAAGCACUAUAAUCCCUCCUCAUGCAGAAAAAAGGAUGGACAACCCUUGGUGGUUACUUGAUACAAGAGGAGAGUUCUCUGUGAAGUCAUCAUGGGAAUAUUUAAGGCUAAGAGGGCUGAAUUUUGAAGGACUGCAAUUGCAGCAAAUAAUAACCAAAUGGUGGACUUUGUCUAGCAAUGACAUAUUAAAGCCAAUCUUCCAAGUUAUACCAGCAGUGGUGAUGUGGGAAUUGUGGAAAAGGAGGAAUGCAAUUAAUGAUGACAAAAGGAGAUCAGUUGAAAGAUGCAUUUAUCAAGUGUUUCUGACUAUUCAGAGACUGGUCUUAUGCAACACUGAUGGUGCAUCAAGAGGCAAUCCUGGUAGAGGGGCAUAUGGCUUUGGGGUCAGAAAUGAAAGAGGGGAUUUAGUCUAUGCACAGGUUGGAUAUACAACAAAUACUGAAGCAGAAGCAUUGGCAAUCCUAGAGGCUAUUAAAUGGUGUCAUCAUCAACAUCUGGACCACAUUAUAAUGACUGAUUUUCAGAUGGUUCAAAAGGUUCUAAAAGAAGAGUGGAAACCACCAUGGAGCAUUGUAGGAUGA